AUGCCCUUUGAGGACAAGGAUCUACAGGCUAACUUCAUCAGCGUCCGCAACGACUUCUCCGACCUCCACGAAAAGAUGCAGUACUACCUCUCCAACCCCGCCACCACCGCCCGCAUCGCCAACAACUCGGUCGCCACGUUCCGCGACCGCUACCUGACCCCUGCUGCCGAAGCGUGCUACUGGCGCCGCCUGAUCCGCGCCUGGGCAGAGGUGCAGGCCUUCUCGCCGGAGGCAUACGUGGACGUCGCGGCGCCGGACGGCAGCGUGUGGAAGAAGCAGCGAGGCGUGGAUUGGGAGAUCUUUGCGCAUCCGGACCCGAACUUUCCUUUCCGUUUUCCGGAAGGUCGGCAUACGUGA